GUGACGGUCGCCCAUUCUCCUCCAUCCCGCAUUCAGACAGACGCGAUUUCUCGUGUCCCGACGCUGGUUCAUAGGACCGCAGCGCUGGAGCAGACGGUCUCGUACAUAUCUCCCAGCGCCGACCGGAGUACACCCACCUCGACCACUACCCACGGUCCUUCCACUCGCUUCAGCAUACCCUCCUAGACGGAGUCUUGACUACAUCGGGACGACUCCUGACGAAGAGAAUACUCCAUGGUUGACGACAAGUAUAUUGGACUUGCGCUCGCCGUGUCUAGUUCUCUGGCAAUCGGGACGAGCUUUAUCAUCACGAAAAAGGGUCUGAACGACGCCGCAAAUCGGUCAACGUAUGCGCAAGCCUCAGAUAGCUAUUCGUACUUCAAAAGCCCCAUAUGGUGGGCUGGAAUAUCAACAUUGGUCUUGGGGGAAAUUGCCAAUUUUGCCGCCUACACCUUCGCCCCACCAAUCCUGGUAACCCCACUUGGAGCACUUAGCGUGAUCAUUGGAGCUAUUCUCGCGUCUUUCUUGUUGAACGAAGAACUCGGUCACCUGGGACGUGUUGGUUGCACCCUAUGUCUACUCGGCUCCCUGAUCAUCGUAUUGCAUGCACCAGAAGACAAGCCAAUUGAGACUGUCGAUGAAAUUCUCCACUUCGCAGUCCAGCCUGGCUUCAUGCUAUACUGCUUCACUGUACUCGUCUUCAGCACAGUCAUGAUCUACGCAGUAGUGCCGAAGUAUGGCCGCUCAAAUCCUCUGGUCUAUAUCUCUAUUUGCUCCUUAGUGGGCUCCGUGUCGGUAAUGGCGAUCAAGGGGUUUGGGAUUGCGGUGAAGCUCACAUUCGCCGGGAACAACCAGUUCACGCACCCAAGCACAUACGUGUUUGGGAUUGUAGUAGCUGGUUGCAUCCUUGUGCAAAUGAAUUACUUCAACAAGGCGCUCGAUACGUUCUCAACCAACGUCGUCAACCCCAUGUACUAUGUCGGCUUCUCCACCGCCACUAUUGUAGCGUCAGUAAUCAUGUUCCAAGGCUUCAAUACGGAUGACCCUGCCAACUCAAUUUCGCUGCUCGCGGGCUUCAUCACGACCUUCCUCGGCGUGCAUCUCCUCGAGAUCUCGCGGAAGCCCGAGGCGCUCCCCACCACCGCGAACGGACACCACUCCGCGCUCGAGAGUGGGAUAAUGAACCCACGGCUGAGCAUCCAGGGGCGCAUGUCGAUCGAUGGUUGGAAUGGCACUGCGGGUACGCCGCUUGGGGGCGUACCACACACGCCAGGGCACGUGCGGCGCGGGUCAGCAAACGUACGGACGAACCCCGUGCUCUUCAACGCAUAUGACGACGACGACGACGAGAUCACAGACAGUAUGGGCCUCUCGCGGUUGCCUGAGGUCGGGGAAGACGAUGAGCUAGAGGGUGUGGAUGAACGGACUCAUUUGCGCUUGGACGAGCGGCGGCGACAAGGCUUGCGGAGCGGGAGCCAUUCGCCACGUUGAUUUUGUGGUUUUAUGCUGUGUUUGAUUAUUCUCUCUCUACGGACUCGAAGCUAUUCUAUACGAACAUCUAUUCGCUGU